UCCUCCCCCGGCUCCCCGAGGCGCUCUCCCCCCCGCCGGGAAAGACGGCCUUCAUGGCGGGAAACUUCUGGCAGAGCUCCCACUAUUUACAGUGGAUUUUGGAUAAACAAGAUCUGUUGAAAGAACGCCAAAAAGACCUGAAGUUUCUUUCGGAAGAAGAGUAUUGGAAACUGCAGAUAUUUUUUACCAAUGUUAUCCAAGCAUUAGGAGAACACCUUAAACUAAGACAACAAGUUAUUGCCACUGCUACAGUCUACUUCAAGAGGUUCUAUGCCAGAUAUUCCCUGAAAAGCAUAGAUCCUGUAUUAAUGGCUCCUACAUGUGUGUUUUUGGCAUCCAAAGUAGAGGAAUUUGGAGUGGUCUCAAAUACAAGACUGAUUUCUGCUGCAACUUCAGUGUUAAAAACUAGAUUUUCAUAUGCCUUUCCAAAGGAAUUCCCCUAUAGGAUGAACCAUAUACUAGAAUGUGAAUUCUAUCUCCUAGAAUUAAUGGAUUGUUGUUUGAUAGUGUACCAUCCUUAUAGACCUUUACUCCAGUAUGUGCAGGACAUGGGCCAAGAAGACAUGUUGCUUCCUCUUGCAUGGAGGAUAGUGAAUGACACAUACCGAACAGAUCUCUGCUUGCUUUACCCGCCUUUCAUGAUCGCUUUAGCCUGCCUCCAUGUGGCCUGUGUUGUCCAGCAAAAAGAUGCAAGGCAGUGGUUUGCUGAACUUUCUGUUGACAUGGAAAAGAUUUUGGAAAUAAUCAGGGUUAUCUUAAAGCUGUAUGAGCAAUGGAAGAAUUUUGAUGAGAGGAAGGAAAUGGCAACUAUUCUUAGUAAAAUGCCUAAACCAAAACCCCCUCCAAACAGUGAAGGAGAACAGGGUCCAAAUGGAAGCCAGAAUUCUAGCUACAGCCAGUCCUAAGCCGUUCCGAAGAAUUGCCUUGUGUCAGAACAUGGGGAUGGUUUCUGGACUAGAGAUGGCCUGUAGGCCCUCUUCACUGAUGGCCGUCGGAAAACAGAUGAGAAAUAAAGCACUUCGGUCAGGAAGAAAGGGGGUGCUUUUCUUUCUGCCACACUUUGAAAUUGUUCUCUCAUGUUCUUCAUCCGCUGGAUCCCUGGCGCAAAUAAAUUGACCUUUUUAAAUAGAAAAUAACUAAAUUUCUGAAAAGGGCUGGAACCGUCUUGCUGUUCACACAGUUACAGUCCUUUUUCCUAACGAUGCGGUCAUUGGGUUCCUCUGGUUCAUGAGAACUCACUGUGUUACAGUCUGUAGAGUUGUCCUUUGUUUCGUGUGGUAGAGUACUCAGGGGCUUGCUCUUCUAUCCAGACAGGCGCACACUGUGGGAAGGAGAUUCCCUAAUUCCUCACCAGUGUUUGACCAAAACACGCAGUGAAAGCACACCUUCUAGAAGGACUGAUUGUACUUCACGUCCGGUCAAUCAGUGGUAUGGAUUGAGUCUAGUUUGUCCUUGCUUGAGCUUGGAAAGAGGAUUAAAAAAAAAAACUACAGCUUGUUUUUAUUAAAUUGGGGUUCUAAACCACACUAACCUGGAAACCUGGAGGUUAACUUUUUGUUUGACUUUUUUUAAGUCACUGUAGGAAGGUGGUACAUUAAUAUAUUCAAUACUCUAGAAUUUUCACAGUCAGUAGAUGUUAAAAUAGUGACCACACUUUUAAAAUGACCUUGUAUGCUUUUGCUGGUUUCAUUGAAAUUUUCAUGAAAAAAAAAAUUAAGUCCCUAAAGACAUACAGUGUACUUUAAUCAGUCAUUUAGAUGUCUCACCAAGAGAAAUGUUCCCCAGCUAAGCAGCAAAGUGCAGUAUUUGUAGUGUCCUGGGGCAUUUUUUUAAAGUUUCCUGCAAUGUUAAAAAUCCAUGUGUAAGUUAUUUGUAAUAAUAUACAAUUGAAUGAAAUUUUUAAGUAAAAAUAUAUAGCCUGGAUCUGUUCCUUUCUUAUUGGUUAAUUUUGAAUCCUUACUGCAGAUUGAUUUUUGUACAGGAGGUAUAUACCGUUCCCCUACGUUCACUGUUUGAGUGAGUUAGGCUAGAGUUCAAUAGCGAUCUCCUGAGCCACGAACACAAUCCAGUUUCCAACCAGCCCCACAACGACCACUCUUAAUCUAACCCUUAAAGGAAGGGGCUCCAGAGAGACUCUUUCUUGAAUGAGAAUGCCGCCUACAGAAUUGACUAGAGAAAUGGAUCGUAUUCUCCAAAGAGUUGGGAUUGUAACUGCACCACUUACGCACCACUUUCCUUGAGAUUUUAAUUUUUUAAAAAAUAAUCAGUUGUGUACGAUGUCAUCAAAUUAAAUGUUGAAUGGGAUUAUAUGUCAACAAUAAAAAUAACUUCUCCAGUA